GGUUCAGUCCAAGUUCGCUCCCUGUUGCCAGCGGUCACACACGGAGAAGUCAGACGUUACCUUUACUGAUAGCAGGCCACGCUGUGCUGCCGUGUUCAGAGCGUCAACGAGAAGAUAGACAGUGCUUGAAGUCACUGUCUGACCAUCUUUCUACCCCGUGGAUUUAAGUGCUUUCAAGAUUGCUCCUAACGGAAACCAAACCUUUUCCUGCCUUCCUCUGUGGAUUUUAGAGGAUCUGAAGACAUACAUAAAAAAGUCUGCCAACAGGAAAGCUUCAGGAAACAGGAAGAAAGUGGUGAUCGGUGACCAGUGUUGUCACGUGAUAAUGAAGGACGACAGGACCAACGUCCAAUCCGGCCCGCUCAGGGUGGCGGUGAUCGGGGCGAGUGAAGUAGGCAAGUCAGCCCUCACAGUGCGAUACCUUACCAAGCGCUUCAUCGGCGAGUACAGAUCAGACACAGACAUGCUGUACAAGUGCGUGCUGCAGGUGGACGGGGCGCCGCAGUCUGUCGAGAUCAUGGACACCUCGGCAGCCUGUGAGAAGACCUCAGACCCUUACCUGCAGUGGGCGGAAGCCUUCGUGGUGGUUUACUCCAUCACGGACAAGGACUCCUACCAACAGGCCGCCUCCACCGUCCAGGAGUUGUCAGAGAGGCGAGCAUCAGCCAGUGUCCUCAUGAUUGGCAACAAGAGUGACCUGGGGCACCUGCGGGAGGUGGAGGAGGUGGAGGCGAGAACACUCGCACUCACGCACUCUGCACGCUUCUCCGAGCUUUCCACGGCGGAAAGUUGUACGUCAGUUUCUGAAGUGGUCGACAAUUUCCUGAAGGAAGUCAAGGCGCAGAGAAAUAGCAACCAGAACGGCGGGUCUCCCAAGCUCCGCAAAAUCUCCGUCACCCGCAUGCUGGGCUCCCUCAUCGGCCGCAGCUCCCCGCCGCCCACGCCCAUGACGCACCUAAUCAUCCUAGACAAGGAGGAACGCAACAAACUACAGACGCCCCUCACCAGGUUGUGCCGGCCGUGCCUCAGGCCGGCACACUCCCUCCCCUGCUCACCACACACCGCAGUCUGACCCUCUUCCCUUUCCCUCUUCGCCGCCACCAUUCCCUCAGUAGUUUUAAUGUUAGGCAACAGACACACUCUUCACUCCAGAACGAUAUAAACACAGGACCCGAGAAUCGACCCUUCCCGUUCCCAGCCAUCUAGCCCCCUCACACCCUCCACUGCCCUGUCCUCCCCCGCCCGCCCUGCCUCCCACUCUCAGCCUCCCAUGAAGCUGUCCCUGUGCUGCCUAACUCGCGUCCCAGAGUGGCACCUCGGCUGGCUCUGGUCUGUGCGGCUCUACAUAUUUGUCGCUGCGUCCUCCAGAUGCUGUAAGAAACGAUACCAAAGAUCCGUAUAUUGUUGUUAUCUCUGUUGUCAAUGUUGCUCUAAACCUUCAUCUGUGAUAUAAACUUUUUUUGUAUAUAGGCUCCAUAAAAUUUCUAUAUUUUGUAAUAAAUUACCUCGAUGAUA